AUGACUGAGGGUCAAUCAACACCCCAGCUGGCCUCGGCCACUCAAGCUCCCCUCAGAUCACAAAAAAUCACAGAAACUGCUGCUUACUAUCGCCCGAACAAGGGAUUCUUCCCCUGCAAGAAAGACCCGUCGAAAUUGGUGACUUCUCUGGACUUCGAUGACCAAGGCGACUAUAUGGUCGGCGCCGGUAAUGAUGAAAGCAUUCACACCUACGAUGUAAAAGAAGGAAAAUUCAACAAAACCGUUGCUUCGAAGAAAUACGGUGUUCACCUUGCGCGAUUCACCCACCACUCUCGUCAAGUCCUCCACGCGAGUACCAAGGUUGAUAACAAUCUGCGACUUUUGGAUCUUCAUAACGAGAGUUAUGUCCGAUACUUUGUCGGCGUGGGUGACCAGGUCACUUGUCUAGCUCUGUCUCCCGCCAGUGACGCCUUCGUAUCCUGCUCCAAGGAUGAUACAGUCACACUUUGGGACCUUAAUUCUAGAAAUCCACAAGGAAAGCUUGAAGUCGCGACCCCAUACCUUUCCGCCUUCGACAACUCUGGUGCCGUCAUUGCCAUUGCCUCUCAGUCCACCUCCACCGUGCUCCUUUAUGACUUCCGGAAUUUUGAUAAAGCGCCCUUCUCUACAUUUGACCUUGCACCAUGGGAAGAAAGAUAUACACCGUCGACACGAGGACGCGCAUGGACUAGGUUGGAAUUCUCCAACGACGGCAAGUCGUUGCUUCUUGGAACAGACUACCACGGUCAUUAUGUUCUGGAUGCCUAUGAGGGCAACGUCAAAGCCUUCCUAACUGGCAAGAGCGGUCCAUCAGGUCGCGCGGCACCCGUCUCUACGACAGGCAAACCCCUCGGGCAGGGAGAUGCAUGCUUCUCUCCCGACGGGCGAUUUGUUGUUGGUGGAAAUGGCGACCAGUCCAAUUUGCUCAUGUGGGAUAUCAACCAGGCAAGUGAGGCGGAUCCCUUACUUCAGCCUACAUACCAUUUGCCCUAUUCAAAACCGACAGCCAUGGUGGAGUGGAACCCACGAUACAACAUGAUCGCCAGCGCCGAUAAAGAAAUUGUCUUUUGGGUCCCCGAGGAUCCUUCCAAAUCUUCUGAGAAGUAA